GCUACUUGCACGAAGCAGCAUCAACAAUGGUUCGAGUUCUCAGUCUCGCCGUCCUGGGCAGCAUGGCGCUCAGCACCGUCUCUGCCGUCAAGAUCACGUUCAAACGCUACUCUCAACCCGGCUGUCAUGAGGACACGCAGCACAUUGCCGCCGACACCCACCUGGAGAGUCCCAACUGCAAGACUUUCGACACCGAUGAGCCGGCUUUCUACUCCUUCAAAACUCAUGGAGAGGAGGACAUGGACGAGGUCUACGAGAAAUACUGCUACGCCGUCGUCUACGAUGGCGAAGGCUGCCACGGCCACGCGUUCACGUACGGCAGUGAGUUGCUUCCAUCUCCUGUUCCGGGUGUGGGAGUGCAUGCUAACCACUUCCACAGACAUGUCGGCCUACCUCGAUCGCUGUGCCGACUCCACCAUCCCUGGCCGCUCCGUCCGCAUCUUGUGUGACGACACCAGGACGACCGUCACUGGCGUCAUGCCCAAGCCCACCCACUCGAGCACCUACUCCACCGUCUGGGUCACGCAGGAGAUCGACGUCAUUGAAACCACCCACACUCACCGCACCGCCACCGACGACAAAUCAUCGACAGCCACCGUCACGCAUCAUGUCGAUGUCAGCGGUACCCACGCCCACCGAACCCGCUCCGCUACCGACACCGCCAUGCCCACCAUCACGCUGGUCCCCAAAGGGCGUGAUGGUGUUGUUGACGAUGCUGCUGACUCCUGAGCAUGUCGGAGGGAGUAGUGGUGGAGCAAGUCUCGUGCUGCGAUCAACUGAUUCUGCUUCCAUCUGACCGCAGGGGAAUCCUACGACUCACUUUCUGUUGCUUGCCGGAUAUUGUCGAUGGUGGCUUUCCGUUGGACGGGGUGUUAGGUGCUUGUAUGAUAGCUCGGAGUCUUCUCGGUUGCUUGCUCCUACAUUGAAUGCUACUGUUGUUGCCGCUCUGCACUCCCUUCCAUGCCUCACACUGUCUUCAUGUCUUUCCAGAGAUGACUCGUGGUAUGGCCACGUAAUCGUAGAUACCGAUCCCUUGGGCAGCUCAUCCCUGCGGUGGUCAACAACCCGCCACAGAGAUGUCGGGCGAAUGAAACCUGACGAAUUAUGGACGAGAUUGCAGAGAGGCGAUUGAUCACAUCGUAUUGAGAUGGGA